AUGACCAGCUCAGCUCCACCGGCGGCACUGGACCACCUCAUCCAUCUCAUUUCCCCAGCUUCCGCACUCGAAGAGGCUCUGCAGCUGUACACCUCCCUGGGCUUUGUAGUGCAACGCGGUGGAACGCAUGCCGAUCAGCUCACAACAAACUGCCUCAUCACGCUCGCGGAUGGAGUCUACUUGGAGCUCAUUGCUUUCGUCGAUCCCGAGCAGGGCUGCAAAGUGACCGGCGAGACAAAGGAGGCCUUUGAGGAGAGGCGCAACAGGCAUUGGUGGUGGAACAGGGAGAUGGGAUGGAUCGAUGUUUGCCUGCUGGGUGGAGCGACAGAUGGCAGAACUCAGGCGAUCAACGAGCGAGCAGGACCCAAUGGAUCCAUCUCCUACCAGCAACCGAUAGAAGGAGCACGCAAGACGUACGAGGGCAAUGAGAUCAGGUGGAAAGUCACUUUCCCUACUGCCAAGCCCGGGGUGAGCAGAGGAGCGGUGCCCUUUUGGUGCGAGGAUGUUACGCCGAGGGAACAGAGGGUCGUCAUGAUGGGCAACGAGCACCCAAAUGGCUGCACGGGUGUCGCCUCCCUCACUUUGCUCUUCGACGAGGACAACUUUCAACAGAGAGUUGCAGCAUGGGCUGCCGUCCUCGACGUCGACGCGCAGAAGCUCAAAACCACCUCUGGCUCCGUGCGCCUACAUCUCUCCAGCCCUCACGGCUCCUCACUGAUCCCCCUCAUGCUCAAGCGCGCAGAAGACCCAGAGGAGCGUGACUGGCUAGCAAAGUACGGAGAAGGGGUAUAUGAGGUAGGCAUCAAUGCAAAGGCAGGGCAGUUGCCGGCGAGUGCGCCGCCUGAUGGGGUGGAGAGGACGACGAUGGACAAAGGGUACGGGCGAUUGCGUUUCCACCCUGUGAUGAACGGUGGAGGCGGGCAGUAA